GGCGGCGGGGGGCGGGGCUGCGGGAGGCCACGCCCACAUGCCGGGCCCCUGAAGGUGGAGUCAGGGAAGAGGACGCGAAAGGGACGCCUUCCUGUUUCCCGGGAUGGGGGUUUCUGGGCGCGCGCGCACGUCUUCGCAAGCUUUUAAGUUUCACAGAAGUCUGAGCUACACUAAGGCUUCCAGAUUUCUCUCAACGAAUCUGGACACUUUUCAACUAAAUAGGUGGAUUUUACCAGGGGACUGAUUUGUAAAUCCGAGGACUGUCCCCGGGAUCGGGACGUCUGGUAACCUUAAGCUACACAUGACCAAGAGUCCUGUGACACUUUGCAGCCUGCAUGUUUGUUUUCUUUAUGUAUUGGCAGAUUCUGGCUCGUAGUCGCCUCCUGAGAGAAAAUGGACGCUUCCUAACUCAUCAGGGCUUCCUCAUGCGUAAGCAUCACUUCAAUAACCCUGAAAGUGGCUUCUUCCGCCAAACGAAGCGUAAAGUGCAGCCCAGAAACCUGCUGACAGAUCCCGGCCUGGUUAUGGAGAUGAUGAAGGGCAACUUGGUCCAUGUCCUGCCCAUGAUCCUAGUUGGAGGCUGGAUCAAUUGGGCCUUCUCUGGCUUUGUGGCCACCAAGGUUCCCUUCCCCCUGACCCUGCGGUUCAAGCCCAUGCUGCAGCGUGGAAUUCGCCUGCCUUCCUUGGACCCCUCUUGGGUGAGUUCGGCCUCCUGGUACUUCCUCAACGUUUUUGGCCUCCGCCGAGUGUACAGACUCAUCCUGGGAGAGGAGACUGCUGCAGAGCAGAACCAGCUGCUCCUGCAGGACCAGUUCCUCAGCCCAGCUGUCCCCACCCCACCUGAUCCCAACAAGGCUUUCAAGGCCGAGUGGGAAGCUUUGGAGUUGGUUUCUCACCACUGGGCUCUGCAGGAUGUGGAAGAGCAGUUGAUGUCACAGGACCUCAAGCUGGCAGGGCUGCCUGGGCCUGACUGAUCCCAUCCUGUGACUGCUGCAGGCUACUUCUGUCCUAUGGGACAAAUGUGUGUGUGCAAGAGACCCUUUCACCUCCUUGGGAGGUGGAAGAGGCUGACCCUCCCUGCAUAAUCAGUGUGGAACGGCUUUUCAUCUUAGAGGCAGGAAGGUUGCAGAAGAGAGCUUGAAGUCUGUAGCAUGACCCACCCCCCAUCAGUCAGUCAGAGCAGUGUGCAAAUAGCCUCUGUGGAACUGGCUCUGGGUGCCUGAAGUCUUGCAGGCAUAGCUGGAGCCAGCAAGUUAAUGUCAAAAAGCUCCUUUUCUUGUUCUGCUUGCAGAGAGAGAAGCCCAGUGUGGCAGACAGCUUUAUGGGAUGCCAGUCCCAAGUGUGUGUACAAGAAGUUUGGCUAUUAAAAGCAAGGUAGCUGCAACAAA